CAGCCCCAGCCCCAGCCUGCCCGGCCCGCAGCGCGCGGGCGAGGGAGCAGCGCCCGGCCGGCCGGCGGCGGGAGGAUGGGAGCGGGAGGCGGCGCGGCGCAGCGCGGCGCUGGGGCGUUCGGCUGCUCGGAGGCUUGAAGCCCAUUUCCCGCCCGGCGGCGGCGGAGCGCGGGGGCGGCGGGGAUGGAGCGGCAGAGCCCCGCAGCAGGGCGCUGCGCCGCGGGAGCCCAGGCUGGUGCGGAGCCCGGCGAGCUCCUCCAGCGAGCCCUGGAGUUCAAGAGCCAAGGGGCGCAGUGCUACAAGGACAAGAAAUUCCGCGAGGCCAUCGGCAAGUACCACCGGGCGCUGCUGGAGCUGAAGGGGCUGCAGCCGCCGGCCCCGCCGGAGCCCAGCUCCUCCGCCAGCUGCGCCGCCAGCCCGCGGGGCCAGCUCACCGCGGAGCAGAGCCAGAGCGCGGAGAGCAUCGAGAUCGAUUGUUACAACAGCCUGGCAGCAUGUCUGCUCCAGGCCGAGCUGGUGAAUUAUGAGCGAGUCAAGGAGUAUUGCCUCAAAGUGCUUAAGAAGGAAGGAGAGAACUUCAAGGCACUCUAUCGAUCGGGUGUAGCUUUCUACCACCUUGGUGACUUCAACAAGGCACUGGACUAUUUGAAAGAAGCAAGGUCCCGACAGCCAACAGGUUCCAUCCCCAGCUGAUGUGGUAGAGCAGUCUGGGCAGGUCAUGAGGAGAGGAGAGGAGAGGAGGUUGCACACAGAAUCUUGGGCCUGGUGCACAGAGUAGCCUAAUUGACUGAUUUCACAGGGCCUCAAAUUUACUUAAACUGGCCUUGGUUGGCCUUACAAGGGAGACGGGCAGCAAGGAGCCAUUUCUGAAUGACAAUAUCAAUGAAAAUUGUCUCUUUUUGCAUUCUUAUUUCUCAGCCACCUUUGUCCUGGGUUGCUGUGUAGGUGAAAACAUCCUCCCUCUCCUUCCACUAAGCCACUGGUUCCCCAAUGCAGAGGAACAUUGGGAGGCAUGGCCAGCACCCAUGGGGGGGCAAGGAGGAAGCACCACCCAGCUCCGCUCCUGGCCCCAGCGCCUGCUGCUGGCCCUGUGCCCAGAGCUCCACACUGGUUGCUCUGGCUGCCAGCCCCACACCUGCCGGCCUCGGUGAGGCUUUGUUCCUGGCCCCGCCCCUGCCCCUAGCUGUGGCCCCAGCCUCAGCCCGCUUACCCCUGUCCACAUCCCCUGCUCUCAGCUCUGGGAGGUGGGAGGUGUGGACAGGGAAAAGGUGGGGGGGGCACUGCACUAGGCAAAGGCGAGCUGGCUACACGGCUGUAGGGCCUCACUGAGGCAAGUACUUCAAGAGGAUUCAAGGAAAGAUUAGCUACAUAUGAACUGGAAUAUUACGUGUAUUGAAACCAUCUAGAGAGAAGUAAUCGCACAGGAUAGCAGUCGUCAUGCUUCCGAGCAAGCAGAUCCUCUCACAGCUGGGGUCAGAGAUUAGUAACCACACACAUUAUACAUGCUGUAGCAGUGCACAAUUAUCCAGGAACUAGGCUUUCAGUUUCUCACCUAUACAGCACUGUAGCCUCACACAGCACUCUGCACAUGGAGAUCAGGACACAUUUCUUCCCCCAAGAACUUACUGUCCAAAAUAGACAUGGCAGCAGAAAGAACAAUAGUGCAAGUGUGGGGAUUAUUGCGGGGGAGAAGGUAGGAAGGAUUCCCAGAGUGGGUUUGAAGGAGAAGAGAGGUAACUUGGUCAGCCAAAAGAGAGAUACUUUCUAGGCAUAGUGGCAGCCUGGCAGAAAGUGAGCAACCAGGACCUGAAGAUAAACUGAACAUGGGAGUUGAAAGAAGUAAGAGAAGAGAUGUAGGUGGGGCAAGAAUGUAUAGAGCUGUGUAAAUGAAGAUGAGGAGCCUGAAUGACGCAUUGAGAGACAGGAAGCCAGUAGAAAGAACUUGAUCAGAAAGCAAGAGGAGAUGAUGACUUAACAUAUUGAAUAGAGUGGAUUGGGGAGAAGGCAGGUAGGAGAGGAGGAGGUUACAAUAGUCAGGGCAAAAGCUCACCAAGGUCUGGACAAAGAUUUUAGAGCAGGGAUAGUGAGCAAAGAGCAGAUUUCUGUUCCAUAGAGGUGACAGGGUACUGACCCAGAGGGCCUUUCUUGGAGGGGGGGCAGUUCCUACGGCCCAGUAACUUCAGGUGCAGUAUUUAUAAAAAGGAGACAUGACGAACAGCAGCAGGAGAGUGUGUAGCUGUUCGUAAGUUUCUCACUGGAAGUUGUAAUCAUGGUGAGUGCGUGUGUCCUCUUUCC